UUGCUGCUGAACCAAAGAAUGACACGGAAAGCCUCAGUUUAGGCAGCGCACUAAAGCUAUGAGCACAAAGCGCCGUGCUGAAUAAACUGACUAAUUGCUGCUUAGUCUCAGAGUAUAGGUGCAUUUUGCCAUUGCAGAUAGGAAUAUCAAAGGCCCCUCUGGUCCUUUGAUCCAGUCUCAAGCAUCCAGUAUGUGUGUGUCCUGUUUAUUAAUUAUUGCCUGCUGGGACAGUUAACCCUGAUGAUCAUGCGUUGGAGAUAUUCAUAUGACACAUUACUUCCCAAGUCAUGCCCUGCAGUGCUAGGGUUAUGCUUCCUGUUCAGGUCUUUUUCUCCCGCACUUCCACUUUAGGGGGGAAACACCUUCAUAAGCAAACGGACGGGCACUGUGGUACAAAGGCCAGCUCUGACACCAAGUAGUUGUCCAGCUGUCCAGGUACUUGGAACUGCAAACUCACUGUUGCCUUGUGAUUUGCGGCUCCCACGGCCACUCACGUGGAGAGGCAGGAGAGAUCCUUCUGAGCGGAGUGGGCCCUCUGCUGGAUUUACGGGAAGGGAAUCAAUUGGGAAAAGCAUUUACCAUCCAUGAUGGGCACACAGCCCUCCCACCCAAAGGGGUUCUUUCCUAGCAGAGACAUUGCCAGAUGUUUCAGUGCAUCUGUGAGUCAGCCUUCAUGACUAGAGCAGGGAUGAAACUCCCUGAGACCUGAAGGCUUAAUUUUGGUGGAAGUAGUUAGUGUUAAUUGUAAAUAAACAUUGUUAUUUUCUGUGUGUAUGGAUGUACACACAUAUGUAUAUCUAUACGUAUCUGUAUGUCUAUGUUUAUAGACACAAUGCUAGAGCAAUCUGCUGUAAGCAGUACUUCAUCCCUUCAUCUUUGAGUCCUUGUCUGAAUGCAAUAGCAUGCUCUGCUUGCUAAACAGUGCUUGGUUUACUGUAAAUAAUGUUGUUAGAGAUUCAAUAUGCUCCAAUAUAAAAAAUCUCAUGGGAUUUCAUAUGCAGUUGUUCAUAUUGCUUCUUCACUUAACAAAAAUCAUCACAGCUCCUAUAAACUAUUAUUAGUUUGGGUGAUGUGCACAUAUGGCUUUCUCAGCUUCCUGACUCCUUUACAAAUACAGUAAAGCACAUGGGAACUUACUAGUGAAACUUGAAAAUGCUGAACAGUUUCAGAUGACUUUGAUGAGCUUGUGGUGAGUAACAAUGAUGUUGUGCUCAAAAAUAUUGCUGAAGAUUUGCGGAAUCGUUUACCCAUUGAGGCAAUGUUUACUUCGGAACAUCAAGCUCUUCAGAAAAUACACCAGCAUCCACUGCCCAUGAUUCAUGUUGAUGCAUUCCUUUAUGAUGAUGAUGUUGUUGAUUCAUUGUGUGAGGAAGGGAAAAUGAGUAGGAGCUACUGCACAGAGUGUGGCUCAUACAAAACUGCAUCUUUAGAGUUUAUUUCGCAUUCCUUUUCCCUCAUGGAACUGAAGUUUCUUUAUCAACAUGUACUGCCUGACCUGACAGGAAAGGUAGUGGUUGACGUUGGCUCCAGGCUUGGUGCAGUGCUAUUUGCGGGUUAUCUUUAUAGCUCAGCAUCCCAGCUGUAUGGAGUAGAAAUGAAUGCAGACUUUUGCAAGUUGCAAGAACUUAUGAUUACAAAAUAUGAGUUCAUUGACAGAAUAAAGGUGGUUCAUGCAGACAUCUGUACUCAGGCUUCACUUCUUCAGAAGGCUGAUGUUGUUGUAAUGAAUAAUGUCUUUGAAUAUUUUCUUGACAGACAGGAACAGGUCAGAGCUUGGGAAUUUAUUGCUUGUAAUAUAAGGAAAAGAGGGUCCUUAUUAGUGACAGUUCCCAGUCUUCAAGAAUCACUUUCAAAGCUCCAGACAGAUGUACAGCUCAGCCAAUGGGUCGAAGAGAUGCAGCUAAACUAUGAUGUGUAUAUGGAAAAGGAUGUUGACAGAGAAGCACUUGAACAGAUACAUUUAUACAAGAUUCUCUAGUACCUGGAAAAAUUUACUAGUAUCCUUAUAAUAUCAUAUAUUUUGGGUCUAAAAUGAAUUUGGAUUGAUUUGUGUGAAUAAAUCAGGUCAAAAUU